AACAUAAUAAGUUUAUUUUUAAUUUUUUGUGUUUAACACUUUUCAUAAGUUAUAAAUAUAGUUUUCUUUUUUUUUUUCCAAUACAAAUAAUCAUCAUUAAAAUCAAAUAAAUAUAUAUAAAAAUGGAUCCAAUUUCCUCAAAUAUUCAAAAUUUUAGUUCCAAGGAACUUAUGGAGAUGGAAUCAGAUUAUGCUGCACAUACUUACCAUCCAAUUCCAGUUGUUUUUAAGAAAGCCAACGGAGUUUUUGUUUGGGAUGUUGAAGACAAGAGAUAUUAUGAUUUCUUAAGUGCAUAUUCAGCUGUUAAUCAAGGACAUUCACAUCCAAAGAUUGUACAAGCUAUGAUCGAUCAAGCUCAAAAGUGCGCAUUAAGUUCACGUGCUUUUUACAAUGAAGUUUUCCCACAAUACGCCAAAUAUAUUACAGAAUAUUUCAAAUACGAAAUGGUAUUACCAAUGAACACUGGUGCUGAGGCCGUCGAAACAUCAAUUAAAUUAGCUCGUAGAUGGGGUUACGUCAAAAAAUCAAUUCCAGAAGAUCAAGCUAUUGUUAUUAGUUGCAAAGGUUGUUUCCAUGGUCGUACUAUUGGUGUAAUUUCAAUGAGUGAUGAUCCAUCAUCAUUCAGUAAAUAUGGUCCAUUAAUGAAUGGUAUCAUUAAAAUCGACUAUAAUAACACUCAACAAUUAGAAGAAGUCCUCAAGGCCCAUGGCGAGCGUGUUUGUGGUUUCAUCGUCGAACCAAUUCAAGGUGAAGCUGGUGUUGUAGUACCAGAAGAAGGUUAUUUAAAGAAAUGUUUUGAUCUUUGCAAACAACAUAAUGUAUUAUUAAUUGCUGAUGAAAUUCAAACUGGUCUUUGUCGUACUGGUAGAAUGUUAUGCAGCGAUUGGGACAAUAUCAAACCAGAUAUGGUACUCCUUGGUAAAGCUAUCAGUGGUGGUUUAUUACCAAUCAGUGCUGUUUUAGGAAGUAAAGAUGUUAUGCUCACCAUCAAACCAGGUGAACACGGUAGUACCUAUGGUGGUUCACCAUUAUCAUCAGCAGUUGCCAUGGCUGCAUUAGAUGUUUUAAAACAAGAAAAUCUUGCUGAAAACUCAUUAAAACUUGGUGAACACUUUAGACAAGAAAUCUCAAAUAUUAAUCACAGUGCCAUUCAAAUCGUCCGUGGUAAAGGUCUCUUAAAUGCCAUCGUUAUUGAUCCAACCUUCUCUGUAUCUGCUUGGGACAUUUGUAUUAAAUUCGCCGAAAGAGGCUUACUUGCCAAACCAACUCACGAUAAUAUCAUUCGUUUAGCCCCACCACUCACUAUCACUUUAGAACAAAUUAAUGAUUGCGUCAAAAUAAUUAAAGAAGUUUUCGAAUCAUUAAAUAACAAAGAUAUCCCUGGUUCAAAUUAAAUUUAUUAUAAAUAAAAUAUAGUUUAUAUACAUAAAAAGCAUUUUUUCAU